AUGUUAUUCUCAACGCCAAUAUCCACACCUAUUACUAUCACUCCAUCAACAGAAACUCGUCAUCAUUGUAGAAUAAAAUGUCAAACGAUGAUUGCGAAUUUUCCCUCUAUUCUAUGUAUUCAAUUAAAACGUUUUACUUAUGAUCGUUAUUCACGAACUACUACAAAAUUAAAUACACAUAUUUUCAUUGAUCCUGAAAAAAUUCUUGAUUUAUCACAUAUUCAUUAUACAGCAUGGCUUGGAUUAACAAAUUUAUCGAUAACAAUACCUUCACGUUAUCGACUAGUAGCAGUAUGUUUACAUUUAUCAAAAGAUCUUUCUUCAUUAUCAAUUGAUCGAACAAAUUCGAACGAUGGACAUUAUGUUUGUUUAUAUCGUACAGAUAGUUCGCGAUGGUUUUUAUGUGAUGAUGAACGUAUAACAGAAAUACAUCAAAUUGAAAAUGUUUUUCAAACAUCUUAUAUUACAGAAAAUUGUUAUCUUUUAUUCUAUGAACGAUUUUUAUGA